UGAAAUCUUCAUUUUCGAGGAUGCUGGCAGAUUGUGAAGGAUCUCUCGCGUCUCCAAGAUGAGCAAUAACGAUAAUAACACGAAGAAAAGCAAAGCAACGCGACAGCGCGAUUUGAGCAAUCAAGAUGACGAUGAGAUUGUCGAAGUCGAUGUUGAUUCCUACGAUGCCGGAAAGACGGCUCGAGAUCAUCGAGCUCGAGUACUCGGGGAACGCAAGAUCAAAAGAGAUUCUGAUACUCGUACCGUGAGUAACAGUACAGAUUCUUACGAUACCGAUCUGACGUCUCGUCGAACCCGAGUGCUCGGGGAGCGCAAGUCCAAGCGAGAGAGCAGCACCGUGAGCACAGCAGAAACGUCGUCCAUGUCUUCCUCUCGGUUGACACUCGGAGAGAAUUAUACCAAGAGAGGCCUACGCAACAGUAGUGUGACUGGUACGCGAACUGCAAUCAGCAGCUACCAGCAGCAAGAGCAAGCACCUCCCCUCGUCUAUCAGGUUGCCGGACCACCCGUCUUGGGUGAGAGUAAAGCCAAACGCCGACUCAGAGCGACCUCCCUCACUCCAGCAGCAGGGGAAGAGCAAGAAGAAGAAGAAGAGGUUCGCCUGGAUGCACUAGAAGAUGACCUACUAGAAGAAGCCCCCCAAAGUGAAGAAGAUGUGCUAGUCGCAGAAGAAGACCUCGAAGUCUCUCAAGGUGAAGAUACCCUUGUCGAAGUUGAAGACUUGGAAGCCCCUGCGAUCAACGAUAACGAUGGUCUUGCAGAGGCGCGCCCAGUGGAAGAGAACCCCGACUUACCACAAGCUCAGCAAGUUGAUGAAGCUGCAGAAGAAGCUGCGCAAAAAAAGUCCAUGAAGAAAAGCAGAGAGGCUCUAGCUAGGUACUCCCUUGUUGCGAUCACCUGUCUCCUUGUUGGCUUCUUGCUCGGGAUGCUGGUUGGUUCCAAGGAUGAUGAAGCUGCUCCAGCAGUUUCUACCGGUACUGCGGCUCCCAAGCAAAAUGAUUCUGCUACUGCCACCCUGUCACCAUCCCUCUCUUGGGAGGAAUCUUUUAUGCAGAACAUGCUACCAAUGAGCACAAUCAAGGCCAUCAAGGAGGACCCUGCAUCCCCACAAGCCAUGGCAUUCAACUGGUUGCUGGACGAUUUUUCCACGCAGGUGGAAAAUGAUGUUGCCCAGUGGAAACAGCUUCAAAGAUUCGUUCUAGCGACAUUCUACUAUUCCACCAAUGGACAAGCAUGGCUCAACAAUUCUUUGUGGCUUUCCAACGAAGACGAGUGCUUCUGGUAUUCGACAGCUGAGAGGUCAGGGGGCAUCAUCCGAGAUUAUUCUGGUGAAUUUGCUUACGAGGCCCCUGAUAUUAGUGGUGGAACUUGCGGCGUUUCCCCGGCAAACUUGUCUUCCAGUCAGAAUGAUGGCGAUGACGAGGGCAAGUUUCAGCACCUUUGGCUCAAUCAAAAUGGACUCGAAGGGCAAGUCCCAGAGGAGCUCUGGUUGUUGACGUCCCUCAAGUCGCUCUCGUUUAAAAUUGACAAUUUCAAGGCAUCCAUACCACCUGCAAUUGGUCAACUAACCAAUUUGGAAGCUCUGAAUUUCGGUGGGAUCGACCUCCGUGGUAGUCAUAUUCCAACCGAGAUUGGACUCUGUUCCAGUUUGAAGGUCUUCUUGGCUUCCCGCAGUGGAUUGAGUGGGACCAUCCCCAGUGAGAUUGGCAGAUUGUUGAAACUAGAGUAUUUCUGGGUGGACGAUGAAAACAGUCUUUCUGGUUCUCUUCCUACGCAGAUUGGUUUGCUGUCAGACAUGGUAGAUUUCCAGUUCUACAAUGCAGGUUUCCUAACUGGCCGCAUCCCUUCUGAGAUAGGUCUCUUGACUGCCUUGACUGAUUUGAAUCUUUAUGCGGCGGGGGAGUUGUCAGGGACGAUACCAAGUCAACUGGGCUUGUUGAGUUCCAUUCAAUUCAUUGGAAUGGCUAGGAAUCAGCUGACUGGGACACUCCCGACAGAGCUUGGUCUCCUUUCACCCACCCUGGGUUACAUGGUGAUUGGUGAGAAUCAGUUGGUUGGAACCAUUCCAAGUGAACUUGGGUUGCUUCGAAACCUUUGGGAGCUCACAAUGGACAAGAACAAGCUCACAGGGACUUGUCCUUCGGAGAUUGGCAAUAUUGGUCAAUUUGGAAUGCGGACAUUUUGGCUGAAUGAUAAUUUGUUGGAAGGGCUGAUCCCUUCAGAACUUGGACGUUUCCCCUAUCUUCAGUACUUUUCUCUGAGCAACAAUGAUUUCAGUGGUGCUGUCCCAGAAGAAUUGGAGCUCCUCAGCACCGGUCUUGUGCAAUUUGAAAUCUCAGGCAAUCCAAGGUUGAGUGGUCUUGUUCCCUCUGAACUCUGCUGGUUGAAUGGUACCAUUGAAGCCAAGUUUGAUUGUACCGAGUCUUUGUGUGGUUGCAACUGUAACUGUUCCACUGCUGGCUCUCUUUAGCGCGGAGUGUGGAUCGACUUGGCGCUUAGUUGAAUUCUCUUGCUUCUCAAUCAAUAUAUACAUUAAUUUAUGUCCAUGUCAAGAUUUCCAAUAUUUGCUGUCUCGUCCUUGAAGCGAUCAAUUACUUCGGUGGUGACAACGACCAGUGCAUUACCCACUCACGACAACGCAACAUCCUCCACACGUUCGCACAUGGGCCGACACUUUGACAGCCCAGGUAGGCCCAAUGGGCUGUGAUGUUUCCUUUGGAGACCGCCAAGAGCACUGCGUUCAUCAUUGUUUAGCAAUAUAUAGAUACCUCCAAGCCAAUCGACCUCGUAUUGCAGAGAGCAGUCUUGAUCACUACAUGUAAUCGAAGAGAGGUGGAUCAAAACAAACAGUAACAAGCCACAUGGCCUCUGCUGAUCGAUUGUCGGCCCCAAAAAGAUCUUGGUGUAAGUUGAAGUUGGGUUGACGUGAUUAAAUCCUUGAAAUGCUAUUUUAAAUAAUUUUAUUAAAAUAGUUCCUUGUACGAAAGCCUUAAAGCGACGGCUUUCGUACCAUUGAGAGCUUAAAUCCCAUCAUAAUAGCCCUCAGGUUCCGUC